AUGGCACUCAGAACUCUCAAUGCCAAAAAUGCCGGAGCAUUGGACAAAGACCUCAUGAGCAUCGGAGCCUUCUCCCUUGAUCAACUGAUGGAAUUGGCCGGCCUCUCGGUCUCUCAAGCAGUCUACCGUGUUCAUCCACCAAGCAAAGGAAGGAAGAUCUUGGUGGCAUGUGGACCCGGCAACAACGGUGGCGAUGGCCUCGUUGCCGCUCGUCAUCUUUGGCACUACGGAUAUCAACCGACCAUCUUCUAUCCCAAGCAAAGCAAGAGCGACCUCUACGAGCGUCUGGCUACUCAGCUGAAGAAUCUGGACGUGCCAUUUACCGAAGAUUUUAAUGGCUCCUUGAAGACUACAGAUCAUGUAGUAGACGCCAUCUUCGGAUUUAGUUUCUCGGGCGAGGUGCGAGACCCUUUCAAGGAUCCGAUCAUUGCUAUGGAGACCACCAAAGUCCCUGUACUAUCUGUCGACGCACCAUCGUCAUGGAGUAUCGAAGAUGGUCCGCCCGCAUCAGGCCCAGGUGCCAAAUUCCAUCCAGCAACUUUAAUCAGUCUGACUGCACCAAAGCCGCUUGUUAAGCAUUUCACGGGCACGCACUUCGUUGGUGGAAGGUUCAUACCGCAGUCCGUCGCAGAGAAGUAUGAUCUAGAUAUUCCAGAUUACCAGGGUGUGGAUCAAAUCGCCGAGAUUGGCGGUACCGGUACGGAGGCCAAGAAAGAAAAGGUCGUGGGGCUUGCGGAACGGCAAGGGUAG